AAUAAAAGAAUUAAUGUACAUAAUGUUCUUUUAGUUUUUAGUUUUUAAUUAUAAUAUAAGUAGGUGCCCAUGAAACAUCAGCAAAUUUGAACGUUUAUAUAACAAAUUAUAUUUAACUUUCGUGUUAUAUGCAUGUACAUUUUAUCAUUGAGACAAUAUUCUGCAAACAUUUAUAUUCGGUUGAAAAUGUUUUGUCCAAACGGUUCAUUGAUUGAUCAAUGGGUCAACAAGUCAUCAGAAUGUUUUGUGGAAACCACAGUUGCUGGCACAUUGGCUGUGUACAUGAUAUUAUUUGGCACGGCUCAAUGCUCGAUGUACAGAAAAUACAGCACGCCUCUAUCGCAGGCAGCAAUUCCCCAAUCCAGGUUAUACUAUGUUCAGAUGAUCAUUACAUUUCUUCUUCCCCUAUUGGCAGUGGCUAAGUUUUUUAUUGACAUUCACAUUAAUCAACACGGUGUUGUUUACGGUUAUCAAGCAGUGUAUAUGCUCGUUAUGAUUCUUGUAUUUCCAUUAUCAGCAAAACUUGUACUAAUGGAAAGAAAAAGUCUCUUACCAUCAAUGCCAGCACGUGGACAUGGUUUAAUCUUGCUCAUAUUCUGGAUAUUAAUAUUCAUUACUGAAAAUCUGGCUUUCAUUACCAUAAAAAGAGAUGAUUGGUGGAUUAAAUUACAUAAUUUAAAUGGUCAAAUUGAAUUCGGUUUUUUCGUUGGAAAUUAUAUUUUAAGCUUCUUAUUAUUAAUCUUAGGUGUAAAAGCACCUGGAAUAAUGACUGCAAGAGAUUACUUUAGCUUACACAACUCAACAGAUUUAUUUUUAGAUUCUGAUCGAGUGGAAGAAACGUCAACAUGGAACAAUAUGAUUCGAAAAGUCAAAAUGAUAGCACCUUUUAUAUGGCCAAAAAAAAGUAUAGCAUUACAACUAAGAGUAGUUGCUUGUAUUUUGUUGGUUAUUGCUGGAAGAGUAGCCAAUGUAUAUGUUCCGCUUUACAGUGCUAAAAUUGUCGACAGUUUGACUGCUGUUCCUCUUGUUUUUCGAUGGGAUUUAAUUUUUACCUACAUUGGUAUCAAGUUUUUACAAGGAGGUCUUGGAAUGGGUUUCUUGAAUAAUUUCAGAAGUUACCUAUGGAUUAGAGUACAACAAUAUACUAAACGAGAAGUCGAAGUAUCACUAUUCCGACAUUUGCAUAACUUGAGUUUGAAAUGGCAUUUGAGCCGUAAAACUGGUGAAGUUCUAAGAAUUAUGGACCGUGGAACAGAUUCUACCAAUAGUUUGUUGUCAUUUUUACUUUUCAGUAUUGGGCCUACUAUAAUUGACAUCAUUGUAGCUGUUAUAUUUUUCCUAUCAUAUUUCAAUUGGAUGAUGGGAACUGUGGUUUUCAUUACAAUGGUUUUAUAUAUAGCCUUGACAAUCAUCAUAACAGAAUGGAGAACAAAAUUUCAACGCCGAAUGAAUAUAGCAGAUAACAAUAUGGAAGCUCGUAGCGUUGAUUCUAUGUUGAAUUUUGAAACAGUUAAGUACUAUGGUGCUGAAGAAUAUGAAGUCCAAGCCUAUAAAGAUGCAAUAAUGGAAUACCAAAAUGAAGAAUUUAAAACACAAGUAUCAUUGGCUAUUCUCAACACUGUUCAAAAUGUGAUUGUGUGUAUAGGAUUGUUAGCUGGAUCAUUGCUCAGUGUACAUUUUGUUGUUGAUCUUAAAGAAUUAACAGUAGGUGAUUAUGUUCUAUUCACUGUAUACAUUAUUCAAUUGUAUGGACCACUAAAUUAUUUUGGGACAUUUUACAGAGCAAUUCAAAAGAACUUUAUUGACAUGGAAAAUAUGUUUGAUUUGAUGAAUAUAACACCAGAUGUUAGAGAUGCACCUGAUGCUAAAGACUUAGUGUUGAUAAAUGGACAAGUGGAAUUCCGUAAUGUAACAUUUUCUUAUCAACCAGAAAGAAUAGUUUUACAAAAUGUUUCAUUUGUGGUUCCACCGGGCAAGACAUUGGCAUUGGUUGGUCCAUCGGGUAGUGGAAAAUCAACUAUCGUGAGAUUGUUGUUUAGAUUUUUUGAUGUAGAUUCAGGAUCAAUUAUUAUUGAUGACCAGAAUAUACAACAGGUUACACAGACUUCACUUAGAAAAGCUAUCGGUGUUGUUCCUCAAGACACUGUUUUGUUUAACAACAGUAUUAAAUUUAACAUAAAUUAUGGAAAAGUUGAAUCUAAUGACUCAGAAAUUAUGCAUUCUGCAAUGGCAGCCGAAAUACAUGAAAGAAUUAUGAAAUUCCCGGAUCAAUACAAUACACAAGUUGGUGAAAGAGGUUUAAAACUUAGUGGAGGAGAAAAACAAAGAGUUGCUAUCGCCAGAACAUUACUUAAAGCACCUGCCAUUGUAUUGCUGGAUGAAGCCACAAGUGCAUUGGAUACUAAAACAGAAAGACAGAUUCAAGCGGCACUGGAUCAAGUCUGUGCUAAUCGCACUACAAUAAUUGUUGCACAUAGGCUGUCAACAGUUAUACAUGCUGACGAAAUACUUGUACUAAAAGACGGCGAAAUAUAUGAAAGAGGAAGGCAUGAUGAUCUCAUAAUAAGAAAUGGUUUGUAUGCUGAAAUGUGGUCUGAACAACGCAAGUCCACUAGUGAUAUACCCACUAAUGAAGAUCCUGUGGCUCCAGGAACAAGUACCAGUGAGACUUCAACAAGUACAAAAAGUCACCACCCACAUGUUUAGAGAUUGUGUAUGAGAUAAUUAUACUGGUUUAGGGACAUUAUAUAAAGGUUAUAGUCUGAGAUAUGUUUGGGGUAUUCUCUAUAAUUGGGCUAGUAGCUGGUUUUUACUUUAUUAGAAAAAUAUCUUUUAAUGUUACUACUUCUAAAAGUGUGUUUAUUUUUAUUAUACCAUUAAUAUGAUAAAUAUAUGUACCCGACUCACAGUCCACAUUUAGUGGUACACUUAAAGUUGUUAAAUACAUUUUAUUUUAUUUUAUUGUGUAAGAAUAUAUAUUUGUAUAUUUUUUGACUUAUUUUACUCAUUAUUUUAAAAAAUUUAACCAAAUUUCAUAUUCUAUCAGUCAGAAUUCCAUUAGAUUUUCUGCCACGAUACGUGUAGAUUAUAAGAUCAGUAAUCUGUUAUCAUUAAAUGUAUAUUUUAUUAGCACAAAAUAAUGUGAAUACUGUAUAGAAUUUACCAUUGUACACAAGAACCUAAAUACUAAUAUUGUUAAACUUUGUAAAUACGGAAAGACAAAUGCUCUCAUUAUUACUAAUAGCUAAUAAAAAUAGUUAUAUAGUAAAUUAUUUGAACAAAAACACUUUCCCUAGUAACACAUAUAUAGUUGACAAAUAUAAUAUAAGUAUAUUAGACUGUUAUUGUAUUGGAUGUACUUACUGUAUUGUAUUUUUUGUGUUUAAAUUGAUUGAAAGAUCAAAUAUGAAUAAAUUACAAUUUAAUUUGUAUAUAAUAAAAUAAAAUUUGCAUUA